UGCUUACAAAGCACACAGAAAUAAAUUGGUGCUGUGGACUCCGUGGAGCGGCUGAAAGAAAUGUUACCCUGAGAAUGAAGCAAUAGAACACCUUCCUGCAGAACCGUAUGAUUGAGAACGCAGUCCAGCCCUGCUCUGCUGCCGGACAUGCUUUUGUCCUCCUGCCCCGCUUACCCCCUGUUGCUGUAAUACAGAUGGAUCGUAGCAGAGAGGCAGAAAUGGAGUUACGGAGAUCCUCCAGCCCUGGCAAGCUAAGCAAGAGCGACGUGGAUGCUGACAAGACCAUGUGCCACAGCUGUUGCAUCUGCGGUAAAAGUUUCCCUUUUCAGAGCUCCCUGUCGCAGCACAUGAGGAAGCACACAGGUGAGAAACCCUACAAAUGCCCUUACUGUGAUCACAGAGCUUCCCAAAAGGGCAACUUGAAGAUUCACAUCCGCAGUCACAGGACAGGCACUUUAAGUCAGGGGCACGAGGCAGAGAUGGGAGAGGCACAGCUGGGGGAGAUGGGUGUUUCAGAGGGCCUUGGCGGGUGCACCAGCCCCACUAAAAGCACGUCUGCCUGCAACAAGAUCUUGAACGGUACCGCUCCGCUCGAUAGCAGCAAGAUCUUGUUGAGAAGCAGCAAGAAGGAGGUCACAGAGAUGGCACCAGCUGAGGAGGAUGACAAGCUGACCUCUUACCAGUGCACCUUCUGCAAAAACAAAUUCGAAAGGAAGAAGGACCUGGAGCAGCACCUUCACCAGGUGCACAAACCAUUCAAGUGCAGGUUGUGCAGCUACAUGACCCUGAGGGAGGAGACGCUGUUAAACCACAUAGAGAAAGACCAUAUAACAGCUCAGGUCCCCAAUGGGGAGACCUACACCGAGAACUGCAAGAGCGAGUUGAAUGUGGGCGAGUUCCCGUGCGAAGUCUGUGGUCAGACCUUUAGUCAAACCUGGUUCCUGAAAGCUCACAUGAAAAAGCACAGGGGGUCAUUUGAUCACGGGUGCCAUAUUUGUGGCAGGAGAUUCAAGGAGCCCUGGUUUCUCAAAAACCACAUGAAGUCGCAUGGUCCCAGGUCUGGCAGCAAAAACAAACCAAAAAAUGAUUUGGAGCUGAUUGCCACUAUCAAUGACGUGAUACAAGAGGAGACAAUUGUGACCGGCCUAUCUCUGUAUGAAGUUUGCACCAAGUGUGGAAAUCUGUUUACAAAUAUGGAAAGCCUGAAAGUGCAUAAUGCUGUUCACUACCGUGUGCAGCCGGGCAGCACCGGGGAUAAAGCUGAGGGCUUGACUGAUGGGAGCCUGAGCUCCUCGGUAACCAAGCAGUUUUUCUUGCAGUGUCUCAAUCUACGGCCAUCUGUAGGGCUGGAUAGAGUUACGAGAGGACAGCCUGGGAAAAGAGUAGCUGAGCUGGAUCCGGUCAGUAGCUACCAAGCUUGGCAGCUGGCCACCAAAGGAAAAGUAGUGGAGCCCUCAGAGUAUGUGAAGUAUGUGGGAUGGGAUGAGGCCCUGGCAGAUGCAGACGUGACUUACGACAAGGAUAAGAGGGAGUAUAUCCUUGUCAACCAGGAGAAGCGCAAGCGAGACCAGGACUCGCCCAGCAACCCCAAGAAGAAGAGCUGCACCGGUGGGCGCCUGGAGAAAACCGGCAGUGUCCCAGCAGGGGAGAGCUGCCCGCUUGGCCCCGGGGAUCUGGACUAUCGCCCUGCCUCACGGCAGAGCCGGCGGGCCACCCAGAACAAGUCCACGGAGUGCUUCGAGUGCGGGAAGAUCUUCCGCACCUACCACCAAAUGGUGCUGCACUCGCGGGUGCACCGCAAGGAGCGGAGGAGCUGCAGCGAGGGCGGGACAGCCGCCCAGCCGGACCGCUACGGCUCCAGCAGUGAGGAAGGGGACUCGGGAUCCGUCAGCGGGCCCAGCACUCCUGGCUCUGCAUCUGCCCCGGAGGACUCAGCCACCUCUGGCUUGGGAGAGGAGGGGGCUGAGGAAAGCUCGGAGGAGGGAGCAGCCAAUCCCUUGCUAGAUGGAAAGCCAUACCACUGUAACUUCCCCGAAGAGGAGACCCCAAUGAUAACAUCUCCAUUGGAUGAACUCCCAAAGGUGGGAGGCCACAACGCCAGAGAGAAUGAGUCCAGGGAAUCUAAACCAGAGAUUCCUGCUCUGGUCUCAGCACUGGAGAGUGUCAUCAAGGAACCCUUUUCAAAAUACCAAGGUUCUGCAGACAUAAAGAUGCCAGUAUUUCAUCACAGCCAAGGGCUUCCUUGCUCCAGUCACAUUGCUAGCUUUGCUUCGGGUAUGGGCCACACAUCUUUAGACAUGGUCAUGGACUUGAAAACGUCACUUGAAGUGCAGGCUAGUCGUGCUAGAGAAAAUUUGCUAGACUUGCACAGGGAGCAUCCUCUGAUAGAAAAAGGUGCUGAAGCUCUAGAGAUAGCUCCACUCGAUUUGAGUGAAAAAUCAACAAGGGAUAAUUCAUGCAAUAAAUAUCUGAAUACAUCCUUGCAGGCUGCUUUAAUUGUCUACCCGUGUCCUUUCUGCAGUCACAAGACCUACUACCCUGAAGUCCUGUGGAUGCACAAAAGAAUUUUGCACAAAAUCAGCUGUAACUCGAUGGUACCCCCGUGGGUUCAACAAAACGGAUUCAAGAGUAUUAAAACCAACCUGGUCUUUCUGGCGAGGAAUGGGCGCACUGGCCCCCCUCCUGUUCUCGGUGGUAAGGAAUGCCAGCCUUUGCCCAUUGCCAGAUUUACUCGUACUCAAGUGCCAAGUGCAUUGCCAGGUUCCAAACCCAGCUCCCUUUCUGUCGGGAUGGCUGCAAAGUCCGGGAGUACGCAUCUGUCAAAGGACAGUCAUGCGCUCGGCCACUGUGGUUCACGUGUGCCAGGUCUGGAUGGGUACAGACAGCCCAAGCUAAACCAUUCCCAGGAGCAGUACAGCACAGCAGCACAACAAAAAAGCAAAUACGAAGCAAAUUCCAAACAAAUGGGAACCUACAGCAGAAGCAUCACACCUACUCAAACAGUCAUAUCCAGGCCUAGCACGCAGCCCAGCAACAGUAAGCAAAUGGAAAAGUAUGUGGUUCCCCAAGGAAGUACUGGUUUUGCCUCUCCAGGUAAGCACUGUGCAGCCGACUCCGUGAAGGCCAAAUACAACCCCCCUCUGCAGUACCAUCCUCUGUGUAAGAGUGAGCCGUACCCUAAACAUGAAGAGCCGUCGGUGCCUCAGAGGGAGCCUCACGUGAAGGCUGGAAAUGAGAUGAGGACAUUGGCAAACUGCACAGCAGUAGCACGAGCCAGUCCAGUGCUGCAGCCUCAGCCUGGUGCCGUGGGAGUUCCUCCGGCUUUACACUCCAGCAAACAGGAUCUGGGAUCAGAUGGGCAUGAGAAACAUUUGGACAUUUUAAAUAUCUUUAAAACAUACAUUCCAAAGGACCUUGCUUCACUGUACCAAACCUGUGGUGCCAACAGCCCUGUCCUAGAUCAAACAGGGAUGCUCAGGACACAAACACGCCAAGGAGACUGUGUCUGCAGAGAAUGUGGAAAAUGCUUUACCCAACCCAGCCACCUCAGGACCCAUCAGAGGUCCCACACAGUGGUAUUUGAGUCUAAUGGACUCCGAGGUACUGAAGUUCACACCACCUCCGCAGAUGCCCCAAAACAAGAAGAACUCAAUCCAACUCUGUGUCAGCUGGUUCAAAAUGUGACCACACCUUGGGAUGGGGAGAGACCACGGCAGCGCAGAGGUCACCCACAUGCUGCAUCUCCGGAAGGGAACCUAGAUCCCGGGCGGAGGAGCCCCGGCAGCCCCCCGCGCUCCAGAGCAUCCCCCUGCCAGCCGUCGCCGCACCCGGAGCUGCUGCGCGAGGCUGGGAGCAGCGCUCUGCCAGGAGGGGGGUGCCUCCGCGCUGUUAAUCAUCUUAAAAUAAAUGAAGAUGCUACACGAGAUAUAUAUAAAUUGACGUACUAAUCAGUCCCAUGGUUCCUUAUUUCCUUUAUAAUAAACAGUGGAGUUGGCAAGCGCUGUGGCGGCACGAGGCAUCUAUAUUAAUCAAGAGAAGUUUGAGACACUGGAAAAAUUAAACUUUAUGUGAUUUGGACAGCAUGAAGAAGUUAAGCACUGUAACAAAAACCUCCCUGAUGCUCACAAUGACUAUUUGAUACAUUUGAAAAACAGCAGUGGAUUCGAGGGCUGGAGAAGUAUUAAUUAAUGAAACUGCCACUGCCUGUCAUGCUGAAAAGCAAAUUAAAAAAAAAACAACAGUGAGACGAAGAAUGGGGGGUGCAGGGAAAAGGUGGCAUUCGGUGCUGAGAAAGCAAUGCUUGAUGAAGGAUUAAAGGGACUAAAGAGAAAGACCGUCAUUCUGCAAUGGUUUGUUUCAUUACAGUUUGGGGACCACUUGCAUUUCUAGUGCUCUUGCUCUUGACUGCACACCAUUAAUAGUAUGUGAAUAUGGAAAUUGAAACACUUCCCGAGAAAAGCUUCUAUUCUGCUUUGGAAAAGAAAAGCUAGUUGAACACUAAGAAAAAAAAAACAGGCUUCUGUGUUUUACUCUCAGGACCUUUUUUUGUAACAGGGCUACUUUCUUCAACCUGGUCACAAAGGAAGUCUUCACUUAAUGAAAAAUAAAAAGGAGAAAAUAAAACAUUCAGCUGUCUAACACCGCUGAUCUGUCUGUUUAGAAGAGAAAAGGUGUCACUGAAUGGAUUCAGGCAGCCCUGGGGCCAUAAGGUGCUCUCUGCUCCUGCCUUUGGUUCAGCAGACCAGCUGCUGCUCCUCCUUGGGCCCACUGAUGUUCUAGAAAGACGAGGAACUUCUUUUGUGGUGGCAGGUUAAUGUUCAUAUAAAUGUGUCAUGUCUUGUACUUGGUGAUCACUGGUGGUGUUAGGAAAAAAAAAAAAAAAAAAAAAAAAAAGCUUUAUAUACCUCUUCUACAGUAACUCUUUAACUGCAAGUUUUCAAGGUGGGGUUGUGGCACAUAACAGGUUGUUAAACCAUGCAGUGUAAGCAAUUAAAAAUGUAUUCCACAGA